CGCCGACGAGCCGGAUGUGAUGAAAGAAACAACGCUCAUCAUUUGACACGUGUGAUUAUUAAAUACGAAUGAAACUGAAUCUAAUCUGAAAUAUGGCACAUUUAACCACCAAUCCAGCGGCUAGAGAGAGGUUUCUGUGUAUAUAUCCAGCGUACAUCAACAGUAAAAAGACAUUAGCAGAAGGCAGGAGAAUACCUGUCGAGAAGGGUGUGGAGAAUCCAUCAUGCACUGAGAUCCGUGAUGUGCUCACAGCUGCUGGACUGAAUGUUGAAGUAGAGGGUGUGAAGAUGUACCCACGGGAAUGGAACAGAGAUGCUCAGUUCAGAGGACGGGUGAGAGUUCAACUGAAACUCGAAGAUGGAAGUUUGUGCCAAGACAAAUUCACAUCUAGGAAAGAUGUGAUGUUUUAUGUGGCCGAAAUGAUUCCCAAACUGAAGAGUAGAACGCAGAAGAGCGGCGGAGCGGACGCUGGAGCACAGCAGGGAGAAGGAGGGAAGAAAGGGAAGAAGAAGAAGAAGUAGAGGAUUCGAGAGCGCUGGUUGCCUAAACGGUUCGAGACGGAGUGACUCCGGAGUGAUUUUGGUUCCCCUUGGAAUAAUGGAUGAAUAGUUUGACUUUUUGUUGGACUCUUGUGAAGAAUGAAAGAUGUGUCCGUAUAUUCACAAUGAAUGCUUUGAAUGGUCCAUCAGCUGCCACUUGAACAACACAUUAGAGUUCAAAACUUGUCUUUGAUUUGCAAUAUUUGAUGACCUCUGACCCGUUUGAAGAUCUGUAUAAAGGUGGUUUAUUUUCAGUUAUAUGUUCUUGAUGGAUUAUGUUUUAAUGAAAUGCAUUCACGGGUCGUGAGACGCCGGUGUUGUAAGCGUGUUGAGAUAGCAUGUAGAAUGAGUGUUCGACAGGGCUGUGAGAUGCCAGCGCUCGUGCCCUUCACAACACCUGUUCGUUACAGAAUCCCUCCGCACCUCUGCACGCUGCAGGACGGGCUUUCAUUCUUAAGAACAGCUACUGUAAUGGGAUUAAACAGUCCUAAAGUUAAAUAAAAGAAACUGAGAUGAGUGGAAUCUGUGUUUAUUGAGCUCAUGUGUCGUGCACGUCUGUGGCAUCAGAUCCGU